AUGCAAUCCUUCCGCCACCUCCGCCCGGUGGUCCGGACCUCAUGGGCGUCCUCGCGACGCACCUAUGCCAACCAAACCCCCGGUAAUCCAGUGCUAGAAAUCUUCAACCGCAAGACAAAACACCUCCAAAAAGACCGUGCAGCGCAGAAUGUCGAAGAGAGCCGAAAGGUCGACUACCUAAAGGACGAGGUCGCUACGCGGCUAUGUGAACGUCUUCUGGAUAUAAAACGAACUUUCCCCAAUGUUCUUGACCUCGGCGCAAACAGCUGCAACAUUGCGCGUGCUCUAACAACCCCAAUCCCGGACCUAGACGCUUCGCCAGACGCCGCAACAACCAUAACCCCAGAGGGCGCAACAAUCUCAUCAGGAGGAGACACAACAACGCUCGCAGACCGAAUAAACAACCUCACUUGCAUCGACACCUCCCCGGCCCUACUUCACCGCGACGCCGAUCUCCCCUUCAACAAGCUCCUCCCUAUUACGCGCAAAGUAAUCCCAGACCUCGAAACCCUCCCCUACGAGCCCGAAACCUUUGACGCCGUCCUUUCCUCGCUCUCAAUGCACUGGAUAAACGACCUCCCGUCCCUCCUCGCCCAAGUAAAUUCGAUCCUGAAACCCGACUGCCCGUUCAUCGCUACGAUGUUCGGCGGUGAUACGCUCUUUGAACUACGGACCUCAUUGCAGCUUGCUGAUCUUGAGCGGAGGGGCGGAGUCUCGCCACAUGUCUCCCCGCUUGCGGAUGUACGAGAUGUGGGCGGGUUACUGACGAAGGCGGGAUUUAAGAUGCUUACUGUUGAUGUGGAGGACAUUGUGGUGGAGUAUCCAGAUACCUUUGCGUUGAUGGCAGAUUUGCAAGCGAUGGGGGAGAACAAUGCGAUUGUACAGCGGGAGCAAGGGCCGAUCUCAAGAGACGUUCUGUUGGCUAACGAGGCGAUCUAUCGCGAGCUGCAUAUGGAAGAGGGGAGCCGCGGGAUCCCUGCGACUUUCCGGUUGAUUUAUAUGAUUGGAUGGAAGGAAGGAGAGGGACAGUCCCAGCCGUUGACGAGGGGCAGUGGGGAUAUGAAUCUCAAGGAUAUUUUGGGUGGUGGUGAUUUCAGGCCAUAA